AUGAAUGUGUCAACAGAAACACAGCAGUUAAUACCUCAGGACACCGUCAAAGCCGUGCUGUCCCUGCUGCCCUGCUUGUUCUUUCUCUAUGUGAAUGCCGUCAUGAUGUUCGCCUUGCUGAGGAAGCCUCUCUUACUGGAGUCGUCCCGGUACAUCCUGUUCGGCCACCUGCUCCUGACCGACUCCCUACAGCUGGCGGUGACCAUGACGCUGUACAUCUUCGCUUUGACCAUGGUCAGAAUGAUCAGCUCUGUGUGCAUCGCCGUCUUCCUGAUGGGGACCGUCUUUCUUCAGAUGUCGCCCCUCAUCCUUGCCCUCAUGUCUUUGGAGAGAUACGUCGCCAUUUGUUUUCCGUUGAGGCAUUCCAGCAUCGCCACGCCGCGGGCCACGAGCGUAGCCAUCACGGUGAUGUGGGUGCUGGCCUCCUUGGACUCAGUCACACAGCUUUUCCUGUUCAUUAGUUUGGAGAACUCAGAUUCUGUUUUCUUGACAGUCUGCAGCAAACCCAGUGUUUUCCGUUUACAGAUAUACCUGACUUUAAGCAGGGCUUUCACCAUUCUGUAUUUUGUAUCGGUGAGCGUUAUCAUCAUCUAUACUUAUAUUGCAGUUUUAGUUACGGUGAGGUCGGCCUCCUCCGCUGUCCGUAACACUAAAGCGCACAAGACGGUGCUGCUGCAUCUGUUUCAGCUGUGUCUGUGUCUGACCUCCACCCUGUUCGGCAUGAUCAACUCCGGCAACCGGGCCGACUCCCGCCAGGCUGUGGCCCAUCACGUUCAGUACCUCCUCUUUUUAGGCCUGCUCGUUUUUCCAAAGUUCCUGAGUCCUCUCAUAUACGGGCUCAGAGAUCAGACCUUCAGCCACGUGUUCAAGUACUAUUUCACCUUCGGCAUUAAAACCACCAUCAGACCCUUUUCUAAGCCUGAUGUCUUAAAUACGGUGAUUGUGGAAUAA